AUGACUAUUCCUUUCACUUCACGACGCAGGCGUUCGACGUUCUCGUCGCCGGCCAAACACGAUGCCACUUUAUGCCGGAAACGGACACUUCACCUUCAGGACCCUUGCCAUGUUCACCGUCUUCCACUCGAGCUCCUCGAACUCAUCUUUCACUUCACUAAGGAGCUCGACCCUCCUCAUGCCUACCCAAACUUCAUGUAUCCGGGCUGGUUCCGCGUGCUUUCAGUUUGCCCAUGGUGGCGUUCGGCCGCCAUUCAAUGCAGUCGACUAUGGGACAUCGUACCUGGGACUGAUCUUACACCGUCAUGGGUGUUCCGCAUGUUGACAUACUCAAAGUCUCUUCCGCUCACCCUCACCCUCAACUCGUCACAGUUGUCUCGCGCCCUCCCUGAUCAAUCCCUAUCCCGUCUCCUGGACACGGUUGCUCGUCGUAUUCGUGAUCUUCAUCUCGUGAUAGACGGGGAUGCAGAUGAAGUGGUGGUUGCACUUCGAGAAGCACCUGCGGCGCCUACCCUCCGCUCUCUCAGCAUCACUACGAAUGGCGUCGCCGUCCUGUUACCCAGAGACAUAUUCUCUCAUGACACACUCGCUCUCAAGAGUCUGACAUUCGUCGACUGCUUCGCGCCAUGGGAUGCCCCUCUCUAUGCUGGACUCGAAGAUCUUCACAUACAUCUAACGCCGCAUGCGGCCCGGUCUAUUGGGUUUGCGGAGGUGCAAGAUAACGCGUGUUCGCGGAAGGCCUACGGGACACUGCAGCACUUGGCACCAACCCUACGCUCAUUGGCCUUGCGCAACCUCCAGCCCUUCACCUCCGAUGCACCGCACGAACCAAUCAACUUCCCCAUCCUAGAACAUUUCACCCUAGAAGGGUCGACUUCGGAUUGUAUCGCCAUCAUGAACACACUCUCCUUCCCUUCAUCCACGAACAUAUCCCUAUAUCUGUCUUCUGAUGACUCGACCGCCCUUGUCAACACCAUGCACAUCCUCGGCAUCGCCUCAACUCCUGUCGGCGCCCUCGAAUUGGACUUCGAACACGAGUCCGGAUACCAGUUCACGAUGCGGUUACAUUCUCUCGCACCGCGCGGCGGACGCACGUACACCCUAUACGUCAACGGCAUCGCCAACGGCUCGCGGUGGACUGCUUGCGGCGAGUAUGUGUCCUUGGUACAGGCGCUGCGCCUCGAUGCAACGACCACGCUCAUCCACCGCGCAUCCAACUGGCGUUAUUGGGCGGCUGAUGUGUGGCGCUCGAUACAGCUCCCCGAAGUACGUACAAUCGUGGCGGUGGGCGCACCUGCUUCAAUCAGCCUGCUGGAUGGUCUUGCCGGCACACCGGUGCUUGCACCGAAGGUCGAGCACCUCAGGGUGGCGCGCGUACCGCCUGGUUACGCGUUCUUCUCGCAUCGACCCGAGGUGCUGAGCCUGGAGGAUUUCAGGGAGCUUAGGGAGGAGGCGGGUCGCCCGAUCGCAGAGGUAGUGGCUGUCUGA